AUGGGGAUUGAAAUUGCCCUUGGUUGGCCUUCUCAGGUCAUUUUUUGGCUUUUGGUAGCGUUUCCAGUAAGAGCUUUAGACCUGGAUACAUCGUCUAAAGAUUCGAUAUGUGCAGCCACUUCGCUUAUUCAAGGCGGAAUCAUGGAUUACUAUGCUGGAUCCCAAUAUGGCGGGACUGUCGGGAUGUUCCAAGCACCAUACUAUUGGUGGGAAGCUGGUGAGGUCUUUGGAGGCAUGCUAGAAAAUUGGUAUUUAUGCCAGAAUGAUUCAUAUUCACAGGUGCUCUAUGACUCCAUGCUAGCCCAGGCUGGACCUGAGUACGACUAUAUGCCAUCCAACCAGUCCAUGGUUGAAGGUAACGAUGACCAAGGUGUAUGGGGUUUAACAGUGAUGGGUGCUGUAGAGAGAAAUUUUACCAAUCCGCACGAUAAAAACGCCCCUGGCUGGCUAGCAAUGGUACAAGGUGUUUUCAACACCAUGUACUCGCGUUGGGACGACCAACACUGCGGAGGAGGUGUCAGAUGGCAGAUUUUCACGUGGAAUUCCGGUUACAACUACAAAAACACCGUUUCCAAUGCGUGUCUGUUCCAAUUGGCCGCAAGAUUGGGCCGCUACACUGGUAACGAGACUUAUAUCGCUGUUGCCGAGAAGAUUUUUGAUUGGCUGGUCGAUGUGGGCUAUGUGGUUUUACAGGAAAAUGCAAAUGUUUACGAUGGCGCAAAUAUUGACGAUAACUGCACGGACAUCACCAAGUUGGAGUGGAGUUAUAACCAAGGGAUAGUUCUGGGAGGUUUGGCAUACCUGUAUAAUGCAACAAACGGCUCAUCCACCUGGGAAACCAAGCUAAGCCAAGUAUUGGGCGGAUCUACAACAUUCUUCUUCAAGGACAAGAUCAUGUACGAAGUGACAUGCCAGGAUUCCAAUAGUUGUAACAAUGACCAGCGGUCUUUUAAAAGUAUUUUUUCGAGAAUGCUGUCGCUGACAAGUAUUUUGGCCCCAUACACGGCCGAUACAAUCAAUCCGUUGAUGGAAGCGUCUGCUGCAGCAGCUGCAAAAUCUUGUUCUGGGGGUUCAGAUGGGCACACGUGUGGAUUGAACUGGCAAAAUGGCUCAUGGGAUGGAUGGUAUGGUCUUGGAGAGCAAGCAAGUGCUUUGGAGGUAAUUCAAAGUUCGUUGUAUAAUCAGCGUCCAGCACCUUUCACCAGCGACAAUGGAGGAAGCUCUGUAGGUGAUGCGAACGCUGGCCUAAACAAGUCAACGACCAACGUUUUGCAUAGCAACUUGAAGAUCACUCAUAAAGACAAGGUUGGUGCAGCGAUUCUUACUGCAGUGGUAAUCGCCAUACUGGUAGGCGGUUCUAUUUGGAUGAUGUUCUGA